AUGGCUCCGCUGAAGAUACUCAUUUGCGGAGGAGGCUGUGCUGGUCCAUCCUUGGCCUUCUGGCUAGCUCGCGCCGGCCAUCGUGUCACCAUAGUUGAACGCUUCCCAGCUCUCAGAGCCACAGGUGCACAAAUCGAUAUCCGUGCUCAAGGAAUCGAGGUUAUCAAGCGCAUGGGGCUGAUCGAUAUUGUCCGCUCCAAACUUGUUGACGAAGAGGGGGUGUCAAUGGUAGACACAAACAACACGACUAAAGCAACUAUCCUGGCUAACAAGACUGGUAAAGGGGGUCAGACUGCCAGUGCGGAAUACGAGAUCAUGCGCGGUGAUCUUGUUCGAAUCCUCUACGAUGCUACCAAAGAAAACGUAGAUUAUAUAUUUGGCGUUACUGUGGAAAGUUUUGAACAGUAUGAAGACCGCGUCGAAGUACACUUCUCUGAUGGCCGUACCGAUACAUUCGAUAUGCUCGUUGGAGCGGACGGCCAAGGAUCUCGCAUUCGAAAAGCUAUACAACCCGCUGACGCUCCAGAACUUUAUAGACGUUUGGGAGUAUAUUUCUCAUACUGGUUUGUGCCUCGCACCGCAGUGGACACUAAUCUAUUCAAAUUCUACCACUGUCCCGGUGGCCGAGCGGUUGUGAGUAGGAGCCACAGCCCUACGGAAUCUCAAGCCUAUUUUGUUUUUAAGGAUGAUUCAGAGGAAACAAGGAGUUUAUUUAGAGCUCCUAUUGAGCAACAAAAGGAAUUUUUGGAACAGAAAUUUCGCGGCGCAGGAUGGCACACGGAUCGAUUCAUCGAAGGUAUGAAGACUACAGAAAACUUUUAUUGCCAGGAAAUCGUUCAGGUUCGUACAGACACUUGGUACAAGAACCGUGUGGUACUUCUUGGUGAUGCUGGGUACUGUCCUUCUCCAUUAAGCGCAAUGGGAACUACAGCCAGCUUCGUCGGUGCGUAUGUAUUGGCAGGAGAGAUCAACCGAAAUUCAGAGGAUCUUCCACAGGCGUUUGCAAACUACGAGAAGACACUGCGACCGUUUGUCGACGAGCUCCAAAACAUUAAUUUAAAGCUCUUAUUGGGGUUGGGAUUACCUCAGACGCAGCUAGCAAUAACUAUACUUCAUGCUGCUGUAUGGUUGUUCUGCUUCCUCCGCAUACCACAACUUAUUCACAAGUAUACAAGCGAUGAAGUAGGUGACUGGAAAUUACCAGAUUACCCGGGGGUUAGACAGGAUCAGUAG